CUGAGAGGAGUGCGCAAACGAAGCGGGCUACGAAUGAACUGGACAGAACAGUUAUUUUAGAGAAAUGUGACUGGGCUGUCGGUGAUGAGGAACUAUAAGGCGAGGGUUUAUAGGGAACCGAUGUCGAGGGUUUCCCCCCCCCUUCCUCAGGUGGCCUAGGAAGUAAUUUCCUCCUCGGGGUGUGGAAGGCGCAUGCGCGGUGCGUGACCCUUUUCACGUGUGGGUCACUCACGGGAGAAAGGAGGCCGGGCGCGUGAGCGUGUCUGCUGCAGCAGGGAGAGCCUCGGGCUAGAGAAAAAGCAGCAGUACCAUCACCACCCUUGAUAGCAGGCGCCAUGGCUGGGAGGGCAUUUAAAAACUUCCUUCCUCUUUUUGACCGUGUGCUGGUCGAAAGAUGUGCAGCUGAGACGGUAACUAAAGGAGGCAUCAUGCUUCCAGAAAAAUCUCAAGGAAAAGUACUACAAGCCACUGUUGUGGCAACUGGAUCAGGCUCUAGAGGCAAGGAUUUUUAUAAUUGGCCUGAUGAAUCUUUUGAAGAAAUGGACAGCACAUUGGCAGUUCAACAGUAUAUCCAGCAAAACAUAAGGGCAGACUGUUCAAACAUUGACAAAAUUCUUGAACCUCCAGAAGGACAGGAUGAAGGUGUCUGGAAAUAUGAACACUUAAGGCAGUUCUGUCUUGAGCUUAAUGGCCUUGCUGUUAAACUUCAGACUGAAUGCCAUCCAGACACAUGUACGCAGAUGACAGCAACGGAGCAGUGGAUUUUUCUUUGUGCAGCCCAUAAAACUCCCAAAGAGUGUCCUGCCAUUGACUACACCAGACACACAUUGGAUGGGGCAGCAUGUCUUCUGAAUAGCAAUAAAUAUUUUCCCAGCAGGGUUAGCAUAAAGGAAUCCUCUGUAGCCAAAUUAGGAUCAGUCUGCCGUAGGAUCUACAGAAUAUUUUCACAUGCAUAUUUUCAUCAUCGUCAGAUAUUUGAUGAAUAUGAAAAUGAAACCUUCUUGUGUCACCGGUUUACCAAAUUUGUGAUGAAAUAUAACUUGAUGUCCAAGGAUAACCUGAUUGUACCAAUUUUAGAAGAGGAGGUGCAAAAUUCAGUUUCUGGUGAAAGUGAGGCAUGAUGAGUAUCGUGGACUGAAAUGAGCACGUAAUUAACAUGUACUGUAUAUAUCAUUUUAGAAAUUUCAAUCAUGUAUCCUUAGAGCUUUGUUUAGUAUACUUUUUGUAUGCUGUGUGCGUUGCCUCUUAAUAUGGGAUAUGGUUUAAGUUAUUCAUGAGCUGUAUAUUCUUCAAUGUGGCACUCAUGGUUUUUAAAUAAAAUUAGAAUUAUCUGUUUAUACUGCCUGUUAAUAAAAGAAUUUACAGUUCUGUAAAAUUGCUGCUAAACAAUCAUUGGAUCACAAUCUUCAAACUUUGUCCAAUUUAAACUUAAAGCUUCUCAUGUUAAUGAAGUUGGAACUUUAGCCUUAGUUUGACACUUUAAUUUCAAGAACUUGCAAGUCCAUUUAGUUCUAACUUUUGUUGUAUUUUUAUAGAAAGUACACUUAGCUUAGUUCCUAAGUUUUGCUUUUGGGUGUACGCAGCUAUAUUACUAAACUAUUGUAAUACGUGUGUAUCCAAAUAUUCAUGAUUACAGUAUUAAUACCAAAAGGAUAACUCUUAUUAUGCUACCCAAAGUGUACUCUUAAGUUGUUUGUUACUUUCUGGAUUUGCCUCCCUAUAUCAGUGGAGGCUUGUGCGUACCACAAAAGGUCAUGUGUUUUGUUACAUUAAGGCAAAGAUUCCACUACAUGUUUUCCCUAACUGCACCUCUUACCAGUGGAUAAAAAAUGUGUUUUCCUUCUUGCCUACAGUAAAGUACUCUGUGGCUUAUACCUGCACAUAUUUAUAGUAAUUGCUUACAGACUAUACCUUGCAUUAAACGGUCAAGUUACACUACAGCAGAGUGUGCCAAAAUAAUUUUACUCAUUUGUAGCAAAAGGCUACACAGAAUGUUGUAUCUUAACCCAUCACACACAUGCAACUGGUUUUUAUCUUUCAUCAGUCCAGAUACCUGCUUUAUGUUCCAGUAAUUGAAUUCUACCCUUAUUUUCUCAAAUCUAAAUGUAUGUUCUUUAAAUAGCUUUUUCAGGUUUGCAUUAGUGCUAAGUUUUCAUGAGAACUACUUUAAUGGAGUUUGAGCUAUUUUGAAUGCUGUAGAGCUAAAUAUUUUUUAAAACUAUAGCAGGUUUUGUUAAUUGGAUGUACAUGAAUGCAGAAAUCUAAAAGCACUAGCACUGUUGUUCGAACUUGGUGAAAUGUUUUAACUUUUUGAAGUUGGUGUAUGGUCCUUUCCUAUUAAAGACAUUAACCAGUGCCCCCUUAUCUGUUGAAAUAGAUAUGUUUUGGCCUUUUGCUGGCCAAGUUGACUUUACUUUUUUUGCUGUCCUUUGAAGGUUACUCAUUAACUAGAAUGGAAGAAGUGAAUUUAUUUCCUAAUAUUAGUAAUUUUGUUUCAAAGUACAUAGCAGACAUGCCUUAAUUGCAUAUAAUACAUUGGAAAUUGGACACAUCCAAUAGCAAGAUUGCCACCUUGAAAUUAAUGGAAUCUAAGAAUGAGGAGGGACUGGACAGACUUGGAUAUUCAGUGAGCUGUGUUGGCCACCCCACUCUUUCAGUGUGGCUGUGCUGGUGGCAUAUUUUUGUAGGACUGGGCUGGAGGUUCUUCAGUGGGUUGACAUAGUUCUACCUUCUUUGACUGCUUUUUUCUACUUUAAAAUGGUUUUAAUGGUCAACAGGGUCAUCACAUCAGAUGGUUCUUAGCAACAGCAGUAAUGUCAUCCUGCCCACGUGUAUCUUGGGCAGUGUAGAUCUGAUAGAUUUCUUACACCGUGUGGCUGAGGAAUGGCACUUUAGAGGUAGCAGGGUAUGUUUAGCAUUGUCUUAAUUGCUGGUUCAGUAUAGCCUUCUCCAGUAAAAAAAAAAAAAAAAAUAUGAAUGGUGGCAGUAAGCAUUUUUGUGUAAAUGUGUCAUCUUUCAGACUGCAAUCAAAUCUUAAAUACAUCUCCCUAUUCCAACCCAUGCCUCUGAAAUAGUUGAUCUAGUUCUUAACAAAUGAUUCGAGUUAUGCUGCACUAUAAACUUCAUAUAAUCAAAGUAAAUGUCCUAAAUGGGAAACUGCUUGAAACUUUCCUUAAUGCUGUUGACUUAAGUACCUCUGAUAAUGUGUGUGCACAUGUGCCUGCCUGAUACUAUAGAACUUCAGUAAGCCUAAGUGAACUAUUGACUUUGUAUGGUAAAUAUAUUGAGGGGGUUUAACUUACUUUCUGCAUUAUAGGGAGCCAGAGCUAUGUUCGUCUUUUGAAUUACAUUGUAAAAAGUAGAGGUUGCAAUUAAAUACUUUCUUUUUCCAUACCA